CGGGAGAGGGAUUAAAACAAACUGCGAAGAAGCCUGCAUUUCUUAUCAGCCUGUUAAACUUUGUAGCACAGACUCUCUGCUUUCGGUCGAGUUGAACGGGAGGAGAAACACACAAAAAAGAGGUUUACAAUCAGGUAGCAGAGUGAAGCCUCAGUUCCUACCCAGCAUGGACGGAGGGCCAACAGAGGGUGUAGGGGUGGUGGAGGUCCCUUCCAAAGACUUCCCCUCCAUCCAGGCCGUUCACAGCCAGGAUGCCAUGGUGGCUGACCUCCUCCAGCAAGCUGCAGAGGCCGGGGGUGUGGUAGAGGGACAAGCUGGAGUCGUCCUGGAACAAGGUCAUGGGGAAGGAAUGGUUGCAGCCACCCAGGCCCAGCAGCAGUUGAUGGAGGCUGGGGUGGGAGUGGGUGUGGAAGGUGGAGCAGGGGUUGAAAUGAUGGUUAUGGACUCACUGGAUCCCACCCUGUUGCAGAUGAAAACUGAGGUGAUAGAUGCUGCAGUGGGCGGAUCAUCUGCAACUGUGGGUGUUGUUGGAGGGGUAGCGGGUGCCGCUCACCAAGCAACUGUAACAACUGUGGACCAGACUCAAAUAAUCACACUACAGGUGGUAAAUAUGGAGGAGCAGGCAGCUCUGGGACUUGGGGAGCUCCAGCUGGUCCAGGUGCCUGUUUCUGCCACCACCGUGGAGGCCCUGCAGCAGGGCACCUUUGUAGACACCACUGCUAUGCCAAAGGACGGAGACCCAGUCAUCUGCCACACCCUGCCGCUGCCGGAGGGCUUUCAGGUAGUAAAGGUCGGUGCUAAUGGGGAGGUGGAGACAGUGGAGCAGGAAGAGGGAGGAGAAGCCCACCCUGGAGAGGAGGAGGAUGAGGAGGUGGGAAACCAGCUGCUGGAAGAAGGAGAGGAUGAACCCAUCCCACCCCCGACUGACGACCCAAACUGGGCCAAAGACCCAGACUAUCAACCCCCAUCUGGAGCCAUUAAGAAGACCAAGAAGGGUAAAAAGAGCCGUCUGCGUUAUGCCGAAGGCGAUAAAGACAUGGAUGUCAGUGUCUAUGACUUUGAAGAGGAACAGCAGGAGGGCCUUCUGUCGGAGGUCAAUGCUGAGAAAGUGGUGGGCAACAUGAAACCACCAAAACCCACCAAGAUCAAGAAGAAAGGAGUGAAGAAGACGUUUCAGUGCGAGCUGUGUAGCUACACUUGCCCUCGACGUUCCAACCUGGACAGACACAUGAAGAGCCACACAGACGAGAGACCUCACAAAUGUCACCUGUGUGGAGCCUUCAGGACGGUCACUCUGCUAAGAAACCAUCUCAACACACACACUGGAACUCGUCCACACAAGUGCACAGACUGUGAUAUGGCUUUUGUGACUAGCGGAGAGUUGGUUCGUCAUCGUCGCUACAAACACACACACGAGAAACCCUUCAAAUGCUCCAUGUGUGACUACGCCAGUGUGGAGGUGAGCAAACUAAAGCGUCACAUUCGUUCGCACACCGGUGAGCGUCCAUUCCAGUGCAGUCUCUGCAGCUACGCCAGCAGAGACACGUACAAGCUGAAGAGACACAUGAGGACACACUCAGGCGAGAAACCUUAUGAGUGCUACAUCUGCCAUGCCCGGUUCACCCAGAGUGGAACCAUGAAGAUGCACAUUCUGCAGAAACACACAGAGAACGUGGCCAAAUUCCACUGUCCGCACUGUGACACCGUCAUCGCACGCAAGAGUGACUUGGGUGUCCAUCUUCGUAAGCAGCACUCAUUCAUUGAGACUGGAAAGAAGUGUCGUUACUGCGACGCCGUUUUCCACGAGCGCUACGCUCUGAUCCAGCAUCAGAAGUCUCAUAAGAAUGAGAAGAGGUUCAAAUGCGACAUGUGUGACUACUGCUGCCGCCAGGAGCGUCACAUGGUCAUGCAUCGUCGAACCCACACUGGAGAGAAACCGUACGCCUGCAGCCAGUGUGAGAAGACCUUCAGACAGAAGCAGCUACUGGACAUGCACUUCAAACGCUACCACGACCCCAACUUUGUCCCCACCGCCUUUGUCUGCCCCAAAUGUAGCAAGACCUUUACUCGAAGGAACACCAUGGCUCGCCACGCUGAGAACUGCAGCGGUGAGGUGGAAGAAGCGGAGAAUGGAGCUCCGGCCCAGAAGAAAGGCAGGAGAGGGAGGAAGAGGAAGAUGAGGAGCAGGAGAGAUGAUGAUGACAGUGACGAGGAUCACGUUGAACCUGACGAGGAUGAGGAGGGUGAUGGUGAAGACGAAGCCGCGCUGCUACAGGAAGAGGAGGAGCCAGAAAGCAUCGAACUGGACCAGGCCCCUGCCGCCAUCCCAGUACCCGCCCCUGACGAGCCGCCGGUCAAGAGGAAACGAGGCAGACCCCCGAAGAACGCCCCGAAGCCUCCAACACCCAGCAAAUCAGUCAGGGUGGCUUCCAAGGCGACUGCCUCUGCCGCUGCCAUCAUUCAGGUGGAGGACGAGAGCACCGGAGCAGUGGAGAACAUCAUAGUGAAGAAGGAGGAUGGCGACGCUGCUGCAGCCACGUCUCUGGAGCAGGGUGUGGCCCUGACCGUGGAGGGGGUGGGGCUAGACGGGGAGGGGGUGGAGACUGUUGAGCUGGCCGUGAAUGAGGAAACAGCGGCGGCCGCCGCCAACGGAGAUCUGACGCCAGAGAUGAUCCUCAGCAUGAUGGACCGGUGAACACAACACAGCCGCACACAUGUAGCUGGACUAUGAGUACAGUUGGCAAAUACACACAAACAUUUCCACAUCCUCGGCCUUCACCCUCAUGUUCCAUCUGUGUGAGCUUGUCAUGGCAGCCAUUUUGCCCCCAUUUGCGUGGCUGCGAAAACAGCCACGCACGAAGAAGGGAAGCUGCAUGUAAAUACGUACACACAGUAACUUUACAUCCAUGUACAUUAAUGCAUACUGAUGUCUGUGGGUCACACACACACACACACACACACACACACACACACACACACAGCAGAUCCCACUGCACAUACCUGCCCACAUCAUAUCCAGAUAUCGUCCAAGCUAACGACAGACUGCUCUCUGCUCUUAAAAGCUUAUUUUCUGUUUGAAUGUCUUCUGAAUGAAUCAUUGUGUAUUUUGCUACUUGUUUCUGACUCAAAGCCACAUCCUGUGUCACCCUCUACCCACACACGCUGCAGCUAACGUUCAGCUCCUCUCUACGUUGAUCUGCCAAAAGGAGACAUUAUAUGAUCCUCUUUGACUUUGAUUUUCUGCUGUCCCGCUUGCUGUUCCUGCAACUAUGCUGAUUCGGCAAAUUCCAAGCCUUUCUAUGUGUAUAUAUAGAUCUAAAUGUAGUUUUUCCUAAUGAAGCGUAGUACAUGGUACUUGAGUUUGUCUCUGAGAUAGCACUUGGUCUCAGACUUUUUUUUUUUUUACCCCCAAAGUCCGAUUUUCCUCCUCAGCCUGUGAUGGUCCAUGUUGUGGUGUUUGUACAUUGAGGCUUUCAUAGAAGGAAGUUAACGGAGGGGUUCUUGCAUAUUCAUGAGUAAAUGGGCACAGGCAAGAAACAUUCAACUGAACUGAAGUCAGUAAUAAUUAGGGCUGUACCCAACUCAGAAUUAUGUCAGUCGAAUCUGAUUCGUCUUUUUCAUACGAAUAUUCGAUGAUUUGGUCUGUUUUCCGUGCAAAGUGUGAACGGGGCUCCGCGGGACGUUCAGUAUGACAGCUGCAUUCAUUCAAUAUAGUAAACAAACACGGCACUAAUGAUGGGUUGUAAAUAUACUAUUUUUUUUUUGCAGACACUAGAUAUCAACAGAAGCCAGAGCCUGUCGUAUUAACUAGCUGUGAGCUGUAAUUUCACCACCUUUUAGACUCGCGGUGCGGUCCGUCUCUCCGUCCGUGCCGCUGCCUGCAUGUCUGCAGCUGCAAAGAGUAGCUGGAAAGUCAAGAGCACUCACUCCGCAGCUAAAUCUGGGGUCCAAAACUUCCCCAGAAGUACACUGCGCAGAAAAAACGACUGCUCGACUUGAAGCAAUCUCAGUCAGCUGAGGGUCCCCGACUGAUUCGAGCCUCCGACUUUCAAGGGGCAGCCCUCGUAAUAAUUACUUUGUUUCAGUUUUCUAGUUCUUCUGUUGGACCUCCACACGCCCAGCAGCCAGCCUUGUUCUAAUGGAAACUUCUUCUCAGCUCACAAAUGAAAAUCUGAGAAAGCUGCUUAUUAAGUGUCCCAGCGCCAACAUAGUUUGGUACUGAUGUGUAUUUUCUCCUACCUGUCAGUGACGGCAGAUAUGUCAUAGUUAACCCUGUGACACCUAGAUAGACGUCAGUCUUCUCAUGUUGCAUUCAGAUGCCUUUCAUAAGCUAUUUAACCCUUUGAAACCUGUGCAAAUUAGUUUGAUUUCUUUUCACAAUAUAGGGGCAAUGGCCAAAUUAACAAGAAAUAUCCCUCAAAUUGCAAGAUAUUAGUGAAAAAUGCGGGAUGUAUUAUCAGAAAAUUAU